CUCAAACUUCAUGAUUCAAAAUUCUCUCUCUAAAACAGGACUUUUGUGAACUUCCUCUACAUAAUCAAUAGUUGGAAGACCUGCCAAAAUUUCUACAAAGACCAUUUUGUGAGCUUCAAGAAAGAUAAAGUGAAAGAGAAAGGGAGAGUACAAAGGGAAGAAAGAAAGUGAAGAAAAAUUUUCUGGUCUUUUUCUUGAGGGAAGCCAUGAAUCGAGGUGUUUUGCAGAGUUCACCGGUGCAACAAAUGGUGGCCGGAAGUCCUAACUGGUGGAAGAUCAGUGACAUUAGGCCGCCAUAUCAACAGUCCUCUCCUUUCUUCGUUCCUCCUCCUACAUCUUCUUCACUUCCUCUGUCAUCUUCAUGGCAUGAUAACCAGGAGCUUCCAGAGUCUUGGAGCCAGCUACUCUUGGGUGGUGAAGAAGAGAAGUGUGAUUUGAGCCAUUUUCAGGCCAAGAAGUUGGAGAAUUGGGAAGAAAACUCAGCAAGAAGCUAUGUCUAUAAUCAAGGAAGUUUGGAAAUCCAAGCAGCCAAACCUACUUGGUCUCACAUGAUUCCAGUUUCUUCUUCCAAAUCAUGCGUUACGAGUCUAAGUAGUAACAUGUUGGAUUUUGCUCCCAACAAGGCAGAUGUGAGGCACCCACCACCGGAUCAUUCUUCAGAGUGCAACAGCACUGCCACUGGUGGGGCACCUAAGAAAGCUAGGGUUCAACCAUCUUCAACUCAAACCAGCUUCAAGGUGAGAAAGGAAAAAUUGGGUGACAGAAUAACAGCCAUUCACCAGCUAGUUUCCCCUUUUGGGAAGACUGACACUGCUUCUGUAUUGUUAGAAGCUAUUGGGUACAUUAGAUUCCUUCAGAAUCAAAUUGAGGCCCUUAGCUUGCCGUACUUGGGCAGUGGAUCAAGAAACAUGAAGCAGAAACAGUCUGUUCAAGGGGAAAGGAAUUGUUUAUUUCCUGAAGACCCUGGUCAGCUGGUGAAUGACAACUGCAUGAAGAGGAAAGCAGCUUCUGAGCAGGAUUCUCAUGAAGAACCAAACAAGGACCUGAGGAGCAGAGGGUUGUGCCUAGUUCCCAUAUCAUGCACAAUGCAAGUUGGGAGUGACAAUGGAGCAGAUUAUUGGGCUCCGGCUCUUGGUGGUGGUUUUUAAUGAAAAGGGCUUUUGGGUAUGGGAUGGCACACUACAACUUCACAAGAUGAUGUAACAUCAUGAGCACUCAAUCUGCUAAAACCUAAGACUGAUUGCUCAUGAUGUUAUGCAUUCUUUGUUGGAAUUAGUUGUGCUAUAACAUUAUAAAGUCCUCAGAAUUUCCGUGACCUCAUAUAUUUCCGUUUGAAUAUCAAUGUUCUAUUGUCAUUUGGGUGUUAAGAGCUCGAAGCACAAGAACUUCUCCCCGUCCGUAUAUCUGAUCCUUUCAAGAUCACACAGUGACGGAAAUAUCAACAACUUAUUGAUUCCUUUUUAUUGGCUAUCACAAUGCUUUCGUGUAUUAUGAUAUUGUAGUUUGAUUAAUUAUUUCAGAAAGCUGCUUGUUGAUUUAUUUUCUCAUUCCUUGAUGAUCCAAAACUGGAUGAUGAUGAACACCAUGUUUCAUUUUCGAU